CUAACACUUUUCUGUUCUGGCGGUGUGUUUUAGUUCGAACCGCCGGAAUGACGCCUGUGAGAAUUACAGGCGCUGUGGUCGCUGCAGUCUCAGUUACCAUGGCCUUCCUCUCUCUAGUCCUCUACAACUCCAAGAAACCCAAAAACACCUCCUUACCCUCGACCAAAACUCCCAGGAAUGGCCUCGUUGGAGCCAUUGGCAACACCCCUCUCAUUCGCAUCAACAGCCUCUCUGACGCCACUGGCUGUGAAAUUUUUGGCAAGUGUGAGUUUCUGAACCCAGGGGGGAGUGUCAAAGAUAGAGUUGCUGUGAAGAUCAUUGAAGAGGCUUUGGAAUCUGGAGACCUUGCUCCAGGUGGAGUAGUCACUGAGGGUAGUGCUGGAAGCACAGCUAUUAGCCUUGGUACAGUUGCUCCUGCUUAUGGCUGCAAAUGUCAUGUGGUUAUACCAGAUGAUGCUGCUAUUGAGAAGUCUCAGAUACUUGAAGCCCUCGGAGCCACUGUUGAGAGGGUAAGGCCAGUUUCAAUCACACACACGGAUCACUUUGUCAACAUUGCUAGGAGACGGGCCUCAGAAGCAAAUGAAUUAGCCUCAAUGCAUAGAAAAGAAGAACAAAAGAAUGGAAAAGCCCUUGAUCAAGUUAAUGGUUUCCAUUAUGAUGAAGAGAAACAAUUGUUUCCUAGGAGUUGUCCGGGUGGAUAUUUUGCUGAUCAAUUUGAAAACUUGGCAAACUUUCGGGCACACUAUGAGGGUACUGGGCCUGAGAUUUGGCAGCAGACUGGAGGAAAUGUAGAUGCAUUUGUAGCGGCAGCAGGAACGGGUGGUACUAUCGCUGGUGCUUCCAAGUUUCUACAGGAAAGGAAUCCAAACAUCAAAUGCUUCCUGAUAGAUCCUCCUGGUUCUGGUUUAUUUAAUAAAAUUACUAGGGGAGUGAUGUACACCAAAGAGGAGGCAGAAGGGCGAAGGCUAAAGAAUCCAUUUGACACGAUAACUGAAGGAAUUGGAAUCAAUAGACUGACAAAGAAUUUUUUGAUGGCAAAGCUUGAUGGGGCUUUCCGAGGCACAGAUAAAGAAGCAGUUGAAAUGUCCAGGUUUCUGAUGAAAAAAGAUGGGCUCUUCUUAGGGAGUUCUUCAGCUAUGAAUUGUGUUGGAGCAGUUCGAGUGGCGCAGUCACUUGGUCCUGGUCACACUAUUGUUACCAUAUUGUGUGACAGUGGGAUGAGACAUCUAAGCAAAUUUUACAAUGCUGAGUAUCUGUCUAAGCUUGAUUUAACACCCACUGCUUGCGGAUUAGAGUUCAUGGGUUUUGGAUAAGAGGCUGCAAUGCCUCAGCAAUUUUCAUUUUCUCUCUCUAAAUUAUUUUUCCCAAAGGUAGUGCAGUAGCUAAGUGAUCUGACAUGUGAACUCUUGGCUGUUGGCCAAAGACAACAGGGAUAUACAGCGUAGGUACUGUGAAAUUUUCCGUAAGAGUAUAGAGUUACCCUCAGUACGUUAUUUUCUGAUGCAAACUUUGCUUGCACAUUGUUUUGGUUUUAGAUUCAAAAUGGCAUUGAGCUCUCCAAUGA